AUGGCGACAGGAGUGGCUGGUUGGGGGGCUGAAGCAGACGAGUUCGAGGAUGCCCCUGAUGUGGAGCCUCUGGAGCCCACGCUUAGCAACAUCAUCGAGCAGCGCAGUCUUAAGUGGAUCUUCGUCGGGGGCAAGGGUGGCGUUGGCAAGACCACCUGCAGCUGCAGCCUAGCGGUCCAGCUAUCCAAGGGGCGGGAGAGUGUUCUGAUCAUCUCCACUGACCCAGCCCACAACAUCUCGGAUGCAUUUGACCAGAAGUUCUCCAAGGUGCCUACCAAGGUCAAAGGCUAUGAUAACCUCUUCGCCAUGGAAAUUGACCCCAGCCUUGGUGUGGCCGAGCUGCCCGAUGAGUUCUUCGAAGAGGACAACAUGCUCAGCAUGGGCAAGAAGAUGAUGCAGGAGGCCAUGAGUGCCUUCCCAGGCAUCGACGAGGCCAUGAGCUAUGCAGAGGUCAUGAGGUUGGUGAAGGGCAUGAACUUCUCAGUGGUGGUGUUUGACACGGCGCCUACAGGCCACACACUGAGGCUGCUCAACUUCCCCACCAUCGUCGAGCGGGGCCUGGGCCGCCUCAUGCAGAUCAAGAACCAGAUCAGCCCCUUCAUCUCACAGAUGUGCAAUAUGCUGGGCCUAGGGGACAUGAACGCAGACCAGCUGGCCUCCAAGUUGGAGGAGACGUUGCCUGUCAUCCGCUCCGUCAGUGAGCAGUUCAAGGACCCUGAGCAGACGACUUUCAUCUGCGUGUGCAUUGCUGAGUUCCUGUCCCUGUACGAGACGGAGCGGCUGAUCCAGGAGCUGGCCAAGUGCAGGAUCGACACACACAAUAUCAUCGUCAACCAACUCGUCUUCCCUGACCCUGAGAAGCCCUGCAAGAUGUGUGAGGCCCGCCACAAGAUCCAGGCCAAGUACCUGGACCAGAUGGAGGACCUAUACGAAGACUUCCACAUCGUGAAGCUGCCACUGCUGCCGCAUGAGGUGCGGGGGGCAGACAAAGUCAACACCUUCUCUGCCCUUCUCCUGGAGCCCUACAAGCCCCCCAGUGCCCAGUAGCUCCAUCGCCAGCCCCAGCUGCUGCCAUUUCACACUUACCCUCCACCCAUUACCAGGCCAGAGUUUGCACAAAGUUCCCCCAGAGUACAGGGGGAGCCAUGUUGGGGGCAGGAGGCAGGGAAGGAUACUGUUCCCCCUGGUGGGGCCAGGGGAGCUGUAGCUGCCCCCCACCUCUCCCUGCCUCUUGCCCCUCAAUAAAAUGAUCUUAAACCACU